UCCAUUCUGUUUUUAGAGCAACGCGUCACGUGUUGUUUUUCUCCACAACUGGAUCACUCGGACGGCAGUUUUGACCGCAGCUUUGCCGUCCAACGCGGCGGACAUGUUUGCAACGGACUGAAUGACAACGCCGUCGCCUUCACAGCUUCCACCUUUGACUUGGCGUGACCCGGAUUGAGAGCUUUUUUGCGGGAGAGCAAUGGCAAGUCCUCCGGGGACGGCGGGACACCUGUUAUCUAAUGGCGUCAAGAAGUGCGGCUACCUGCGGAAGCACAAACACGGACACCGGCGCUUUUUCGUGCUCAGAGAGACGACCGAGGGCUCUCCUGCUCGGCUGGAGUACUACGACAGCGAGAAGAAAUGGCGGAGCAAGGGCGCCGCCAAACGGAUCAUCGGCUUGGACUCCUGCCUCUGCGUCAACAAGCGUGCGGACGCCAAACACAAACACCUGAUCGCCCUCUACACCAAGGACGAGUACUUCGCCGUGGCUGCGGACAGCGAGCAGGACCAGGAGAGCUGGUACGUGGUUCUGACGGACCUUCUGACCGAGGGCAGGAUGUACGACAGCCCCGCGUCCACUUCCUCCCUGGUGGGCUUUGAAGAGGCCAGCUAUGGACUGGUCGCCCCUGCUGCCUACAAGGAGGUAUGGCAAGUCAAUUUAAAAUCCAAAGGUCUGGGUCAGGUCAAAAACCUCACGGGGGUUUUCAGGCUUUGUUUGUCCAGCCGGACCAUCAGCUUUGUGAAGCUGAACUCAGAAACGGCAGCGGUUUGUUUACAGCUGAUGAAUAUCAGGAGAUGCGGCCACUCGGACAGCUUCUUCUUCAUCGAGGUAGGGCGAUCAGCAAUUACUGGGCCUGGGGAGUUCUGGAUGCAGGCGGAGGACUCGGUGGUGGCACAAAAUAUCCACGAAACCAUCCUGGAAGCCAUGAAGGCCAUGAAAGAACUCUCAGAAUUCAGGCCCAGGAGCAAAAGCCAGUCGGCCAGCACCAACCCGAUCUCGGUGCCCUCGCGACGCAACCUCAACAACUUACCCCCGAGUCAGACGGGCUUGGUGAGGAGAUCCAGAACCGACAGCGUGGCUGCGACGUCUCCGGGGAGGAAGUUUACAUCCUGCCGGGUGAGAACCUCCAGCGAAGGAGACGGGAGUGUGUCGUGGCCUGUGUCCACGUCGAUGCCAGGGACCACGAGUCCCACCAGUCCGAACACUGGCGCUCAACUCAGCAGCUCACACACUCUGAGCAGCGGGCGCACUUGCAGGAUGCUCGAGUCAUCCUCAAACCUGCAUCACAGCCUGUCCAUACCGACGCCCAACUCCCCUCCUGGUGCCUCCAGCCCCAUCAGCGUUUCUCCUGGGUACCCCGGUCUCUCCACCCCCGACAAGGCUGGCCGGCCCUUCAGCUGCAGCGCCUCCAUCUCUGGCUCCCUUAGCGACACCGCCUUCAUGCUGUGUGACUACAGCUGUAGUCCGGUCGAAGCAAAGUUCACCCCUGACUCCCUGUCCAGCACCCCCCCGUCCCGUGACGAAGGAGCAGCGCUGGACAAAGCUUACAGGAAGCGAACCCACUCCCUCACCACGCCACGUCAACAGAAGGUGGUGACGCCGCUCUCCUCCGCCUCCCUGGAUGAGUACACUCUCAUGAGGUUGGCUCGCGAUGGACACAACUCCGCUUCACCCAAAGUGAGCUAUCCCGAAGAUUACGGAGACAUAGAAAUAGGCUCGUCCAGAAGUUCAAGUAGUAACCUAGGCGACGACGGCUACGUGCCCAUGACUCCGGGGGUGGUGCCACUCUCUGGGAAGGUAGACAACUACGUGCCCAUGAGCCCCAUGUGUGUCUCUGCUCCAAAGCAGAUCGUCAACCCGAGAGUGCAUCCUCACGGGGCGGCCACCAGGGGCUACAAGACCAGCUCCCCCUCCAGCAUCUCACUGGAGGACAACGGUUACAUGAGAAUGUGGUGUGGCUCCAAGUCCUCCAUGGACAGCCCGGACAGGCAUGGAGAAUACAUGAACAUGUCACCCGGAAACCCACCUGCACUCCAGACUCCCCCUGACUACUACACGGGGAGGGCGGCGUACCAGUCCAGCUCCUUCUCUCUCCCCGCCAAAGUCCAAGCCUCCAAGAAUGACGACGGAAGCCAGUAUGUGUUGAUGAGCCCUCAAAGUUCCUUCCAGAGGGCGUCGGAUUCCGACGACUAUUCUGUGAUGCAACCACAAGCCUUGCCGCUGAGCCCAGCCAGACACGGCUGGGUGGACAAUCUGCCCCACAGAGGGAGGCAGGGCCGGCCCAACAGGCUGUCCCUUGACACUGUCAGGACCCUGCCUAGCAUGAACGAGCACCCGCCGCCCGGAGAGCCCCGCAGCCCCGGCGAGUACAUAAACAUCAACUUCGGUGGAAACCGGUUCUCUCCGCCUUCGAUGGGGUCUACAGAGAGCAGGCUGUCAUCUUUGAGUCCGCUCGACGAGUGUUCCAGGAGGACUUCCUACGUCAAACUUGAGCUGGCCUCGCAUCCACCGGAGGAUGCGCUCCCGGAGUUGUCCACGUGUCCGAGCUCAGAAGAGGAUGGGGUGUACCAUCUGGAUGGCGAGAACGGGGCGAGGGAGGGGACUGACGUGGAAAGUGACUACACGGAAAGGACGUUUGGGAUGACCAGCUCGCCCCCGCAGCUUGUUCCUCAGGGCCCCACAAGUGGCGAGAGCAGCAGAGGGAGGAGGCAUUCGCAGGAGGAGCCGGCCGUCGCAGAAGGCAUUGGCGUCUUCCUCAUGGGGGGUGCCUCCCCGUGCCUCCUGGACCCCGUCGGCUCGGCCAAGGUGAUCCGCGCCAACCCGCAAGGACGUCGGCGCCACAGCUCCGAGACCUUCUCCUCCACGGCCACGGUGACGCCCGUCUUCCCUUCGUUCGCUCGCGGCGAGACCGGGAAGAGGCACAGCUCGGUGGAGAACAUCUCGUCACGAAGCAGCGAGGGCUCCGACGAGGAGUACGGCAGUCCCGUCGACCGCUCGGCGGGUUACCCGCACGGACUCGACUACAUCGCCUUGAACCUCCUGGAUGGCAAACGCGACCGGUUGGUCGGCUUCAAAGCGGCGAGCAGCUGCAAAGGCGGCGUGGGCGGAUUACACAGCACGCCGUACGCCUGCUUGGGCUUCAAGGAGGCUGCGACCACCGCCAAAGACUGAAGCGGACAUCAACAAGACACCAGCACUGACCGCAAAAGAUGGCACGCAACCUCCAAGCUACACACACACACCUAAAGAUGGCCACCCUUUAUGCAUGUAGAAGGCAGGACUGAUGCGUGUGCGUGCGUGUUUGCUUUUGCUGUAGCCCAUAUGAGCACGCAAACAAAGGUACCAAGAUUCUAUUUAUUUUGAGGACUCCCAGCGUGAGUGCAGUGUUUCCCCUCCCAUUAUAUUCGGGAACAGACGUCACGUAAGAACAUGUCUACACUUCCUCCUUUUUUACAUAUUUUAGAACUAAAUCAGGGGUGUCCAAAGUGCCGACCCGGUCGGGCCACUUGCAGCUUUUUUAUUGGCACAUUCUAAAAAUAGUAUUGAGCAAGAAGAAAAAAAACGUUAAAAUCAGCAGUCGUUUUUCCAAGAAUAAAGUUCAGAUAUUAAGAGAAAAAAGUUGCAAUCUAACAAGGAAAAGGUUUACAAAAAUAAUGUUGGAAUAUUAUGACAAAAAAUUAUUUUGUUUUGGUAGCACAGCAACGAAACUUUUAAAGAAAAAAAUGAUACAUAUUUUUAAAACACAUAAUAUUAUGAAAAACAAGCAAAACAAAAGAGUCAUUUUGGGAAAAUUAAGUUGCGUAAAAAUGUCAAAAUAUUGUGGAAAUAAUGCUGUGCGCCAACGAGAAAAAAAGUCGCAAUUUUCCGGGAAUAACGUCGUAAUAUUAUGAGGAAAAGUAAUGUCAUGUUAGUAGCAUGGAGUUGAAAUAUUCCAGAAAAAAAAGGAAUAAAAUCAAAAUAUUAUGCCAAUAAAGACAUAAAAAUACAAGUAGAAAAUGUACAAGAACAAAGUUGAAAUAGUUGGGGGGGAAAAAAACAGCAGAAAUGGGAAAAAAUGCUGUCAUUUUGCAAGAAUAAAGGCAAAAUAUAAAGGGGAAAAAGUUGUAUUCUAACAAGGAAAAACGUGCAAUUUUACGAGAAUAAACUGGUAAUAUUAUGUAAUAAAAUAAUGUCUUUUAGUAGGAUAGAGUUGAAAUAUUUUACAUAAGUCAUGGCGUUAUGAGAAACUAACAAAACAAAAAAUUAGGUGAAAAUUAGGUGGGAAAAAAGUUAUAAUAUUAUGGGAAUAAAGUCAUAAUAUUAUUUUUAGAAGAAAGUUUACAAAAAUGAAAUAAAAUAAAAACAAAUCAACAGUAGAAAUGGAAGAAACAGCAUUUUAUGACAAUGAAGUCAAAAUAUUCAGAGAAAAAAAAUUGCAAUUUUAUGAGAAUAAACUGGGAGUAUUAUGAGGGGGAAAAUAACGUCAUUUUAGUCGCAGAGUUGAAAUAUGAAAGAAAAAAUAUGUUCUUUUUUAAGCUGUCAUAUGAUGACAAACAAACUAAUGCCAUUUUUGGAAAAUUAGGUUGGGGGGAAAGUUGCAAUAUGUGGGAAUAAAGUAAAAAAACAAAACAGCAUUGAAGGAAAAGGGCUGUAAUCUUACGAGAAUAAAGUCAAAUUAUUAAGAGAAAAGAGUCGUGUUCCAACAAGAAAAAAAGGGAAAAUGAGGUUGGCGGGAAGUUAUAAUAUUGUGGGAAUAAAUCAGAAUAUUAUGGCAAGAACAUUUCCAAUAAGAAGGUUGAAAUAUUUGGAAAAUUAAAAAAAAAAAAAGAAAAGGAAAGUGGCAGAGUUGCACCCUUUCACGUGGCCCUCAUCUCGUUGCGGGGUGAAGGUUUGUGGACGCCCCGUGUCUAUUCAUCGACAUGACCUAUGAACUAUUAUCAUAUAUUAUUUAUCAAUGAUUAUUAUUAAGUGCACGAAUUAAAUGGCACGUUUUUUUUGGACUUUUUCUAUUGCUUUCUAGUCCCACAGCUACACACCGAGGGGAAACACUCGUGUGUGUGUGUGUGUGUGCGUGUGUGUGUGUGUGUAUUAGUCAGUGUACACUGUCACUAUGAAAUGUAUGCGCGGUACACGAAUACAGAAGUAUAUUUAUACAGUAAGUUAAUUUAUUUUGGGAGCAUGAAUGUCUACGAGGUCCCACCCGAUGCCUUAUUAAAUGUCUACGUUAUGUUUUCUAUACAUGAGAAGCUCUAUAUUGCUAUUCUAUGGUCCAAGUAUUUUAUGAGAGAUGGUAUAGAAAAGCACACAUGGCAUUGGAGCAGAUCUAUCCAAAGUAUUUCUACGUUACUCGGAGAAGAUAUAUUUCUAAGCGUGUCACGUUCCACCCCAGCACGCCACUGCUGUGACGUAACGGUACUACUGUGCUUGGGGACGGGGUGGGGGUGGAGGGGGGGCGGGCGGCGCAAAGAAGAGAGAUAGUCCCAGUCGGACCUGAAAGGAGGAGCUUUGGGACAACCGGCUGCUUUGAAGGCCGGUAGCAUCUUUGCCGUUGCCAUGGCGACCACCCCAUCCCCUACGUUUCCUCAGCAUCCUUUUUGUUAGCAUUCUGCCCAAACCCAAAUCCUAACCCUCGUGCUUGCGUUGAUUACAUCACAUACUUUGUCCAUAGGUGUGAAUGCUUGUUUGUCAGCAUGUGCCCUGCGAUCGCCUGGCAGCCAGUCCAGGCUGUACCCCCCCCGUCUCUCACCCCGAAGAGCAGCUGGGAUAGGCUCCAGCAUAGCCACCGCGGCCCUCGCGAGGACGAGCACUGGAUGAAAUGGAUGGAUGGAUAGAAUAUGACUUUUUUUCUCUUAAUAUUUUGACUUUGUCAUAAAAUUACAGCUGUUUUUUCAAUUUCUGCUGUUUUUCUUAACUUUGCUUUUGUAAGCUUUCUUCCCGUAAUACUACCACUUUAUUCCCGUAAUAUUUUGACUUUAUUCUUGUAAUAUUACAACUUUUCCCCAGCCUAAUUUUCCAAAAACGCUUCUUUUUUGUUUGUUAUAAUGUUACAAUGACUUUUUCUUUAAUAUUUCAACUUUAUGCUAUUAAAGAGACGUUAUUUUUCCUCAUAAGAUCACAAGUUUAUCCAUCCAUCCAUUUUCUAUGCCGCUUAUCCUCACUAUUACAAGUUUAUUCUCGGAAAAUUGCGACGUUUUCUUGUUUGAGGCAAAAUUGGGGGUGAAUUGUUGUUUUGUAAACUUGAUGUUGUUAUUAUUUUGUACCGAAAAAAUGAUAAAUCUAAGCAUAAAAAUGUGACUGUUAUAUAUUUUAGUAGGGGGGGUGGUAGAGCUAUAUUUUGUUGUUUAUUUAUUGGAUUUGAUUUGGGGUUUAUUUACCACAGGGGCGAAUACGUGAAGCGGGAUUCCCGGUGUGUGUGAAGCGGGAUUCCCGGUGUGUGCUUUUCCCCGCUCCUCCACGGUGCGAUACAGGCAUGCCGACUCCGCCCACUUCAGAGUACUAGAAGUAGAAAAGCUUAGAAUAGAAGUAGGGUUCCGCUGCUGGUGUUUAUGAUCUACCUACGUAUUUAUAUACUGUAAAUAUCGUCAUAAAGAGUACACAGAUUGAAUACAUAUAGAUUUGACAAGUAUAAUAUUCCUGUAAAAAGGAUUUUGACUAUCUUUUUUUUUGUUUUUGGGGUUGUACUGUGUGUUUUAUGCUUUCUCCUUCAAAGUGUAAAAAACAAAAUAUAUAUAUUUAAUAAAUCCAUCAAAUGAAUAAUAAAUCAAUUGCCUUGUCGACAGACUUGACCUAAUGGUAUAUAUUUCUAUAUGCAAUGGAGACAUGAAUACAAAUAUUAUCACGUACCACAGCCCAACCAAAUGUUUGUAUUUCCAUUUCAUGGUACGUACUGUACACCAUCCAUAUACUGUACGCAUUCAUCCCUUCUGAUCCUCAAAUAUUUCAUUUGUAUAGACGGGGGACAACAGAGACAUUUAUUUAUGUGGGUAAAAAAUAAAUGUAUUUAUUUCAACCA